AUGUACGAAGGAGAAUGGGAGGGGGGAGAGAAGCAUGGACGAGGACGGUACCUCUGUGCGUCUGGUGUCAGCUAUGAUGGAGAAUGGAGUAAGGACAAACGACACGGGAGAGGGACGUGCUGUUACGGAAACGGAGACAAGUACGAUGGGGGCUGGGAGGAUAACAAGAAGCAUGGUCGCGGGAGGUACACUUUCAAGAGCGGCAACGUAUACCAAGGUGAAUGGCGAGACGACCGGGCAAGUGGGAAGGGACGAUGCUCCUACAUCAAUGGAGAUGCUUAUGAAGGAGCCUGGAAGGAGGAUCGAGCCCAUGGCUUUGGUGUCUACUCGUACAAGAAUGGAGCCAAGUAUGAGGGAGGAUGGGUGAAGGGGAAGAAGAGCGGGCAGGGAAGGCUGUUCUUCGAGGACGGCGGGGUGUAUGAAGGAGAGUUCAAGGAGGACGAGAUCCAUGGUAGAGGAAAGAAACAAUUUGUUAACGGUGACUUGUACACUGGGAUGUGGUUACGUGGGCUCCGACAUGGGGAAGGAAAACUCACGCAAGCCAACGGAGAGGAGGAGUUGGAAGGAUUGUGGGUGAUGGACAAACCUCCGGAGAAGGUCUGA